GAUUUAAGAUCACAUAGGAAUUCGGCUCAUUUCCAAGCACACACUUCCAACAUCCAGCCCCCUUUUUCUCUACAUUAUAACUUCCAAUUGUCCGGUCCAACAUGGCGCUCGUUUUUGGCGUGGAGAAGAAGACGGUGCCCAACUACAUGAAGUACGUGAUGGGCGGAACCUCGGGCAUGCUGGCCACCUGCAUUGUCCAGCCGAUGGAUCUCCUCAAGACCCGCAUGCAGAUCUCCGGUACCCUGGGGACUCGCGAGUACAAGAGCUCGUACGAGGUUCUAUCGAAGGUGCUCAAGAACGAGGGUGUGUUGUCCCUAUACAAUGGACUGAGUGCCGGGUUGGUGAGACAGGCCACCUACACCACGGCCAGGAUGGGCGUUUACCAGAUGGAGUUGGACUGGUAUCGCAAGAACUACGAGAACGACCCUUCUGUGGUGGCCACCAUGACCAUGGGCAUUGGCGCCGGUGCUUUUGGAGCCUUCUUCGGGAAUCCAGCGGAAGUGGCCCUCAUCCGGAUGAUGUCCGAUAACCGUUUGAUGCCCGAGGACAGACGUAACUACAAGAAUGUGGGCGACGCCUUCGUGAGAAUUGUGAGGGAUGAGGGCGUGGUGGCUCUCUGGAGGGGAUGCCUGCCCACUGUGGGUCGCGCCAUGGUUAUCAAUAUGGUGCAGCUGGGCUCCUACUCCCUGAUGAAGGACCAGUUCCGUGGGUAUCUAAAUGAGGGAAUACCCCUGCACCUGAGCGCCGCCUUGAUGUCUGGAUUGCUGACCACCCUGGCCUCCAUGCCGCUGGACUUGGCCAAAACACGCAUCCAGCAGAUGAGAGUGAUCGAGGGCAAGCCGGAGUACAGUGGCACCGUCGAUGUCCUGAAGAAGGUGCUGAUGAACGAGGGAGCCUUUGCCAUGUGGAAGGGAUUCACGCCGUACCUGAUUCGCAUGGGUCCUCACACUAUCUUUUCCUUCGUCUUCCUGGAGCAAAUGAACAAGGCAUACAAAAAGCACGUGCUCGGUGAUGAACAAUCCGAUCCGGCACACUAGUAAUAGUAUAUCUUUUCCAUCCCCAAAAAAAUUGAAAUUGUUUCGAUAUAUAGCGCGUAUGUUCUAUAAAAUAGCUAUUCCUAUCUUAUAUACAAAAAAACUGGGUUUUCAAAUGUAUAAUAAAAUAAUGGUGGUCUCA